ACCAGAACCGCACAGAGGGUGGAGCUAUUGAUGGGAGAAGUCCUGUCUUGCUACAAAAGAAAACUCCAUAGCGAUAGAUCCUUUGUUUGCUUAGCUAGAAAGUGAAAGCGAGAAAAUGUCCGGCAUGGAGAGACUGCAGAGAAUGUUUGCGGGUGCAGGAGGCGCUCUAGGUCACCCACCCCCUGAUUCUCCAACUCUUGAUUCAUCGGAGCAGGUCUACAUCUCCUCUCUUGCCCUCCUCAAAAUGCUUAAACACGGAAGAGCUGGGGUCCCCAUGGAAGUGAUGGGCUUGAUGUUGGGAGAGUUUGUGGAUGAAUACACUGUACGUGUUGUUGAUGUCUUUGCAAUGCCUCAAAGUGGUACUGGUGUUAGUGUUGAAGCUGUUGAUCAUGUGUUUCAGACUAACAUGCUUGAUAUGCUCAAACAGACUGGAAGGCCAGAGAUGGUUGUUGGGUGGUACCAUUCCCAUCCUGGAUUUGGCUGUUGGCUAUCUGGCGUUGAUAUAAACACACAACAGAGUUUUGAAGCUCUGAAUCAACGGGCUGUGGCAGUUGUGGUGGAUCCAAUUCAGAGUGUUAAAGGAAAAGUGGUGAUAGAUGCUUUUCGCUUGAUUAAUCCACAAACAAUGAUGCUUGGCCAAGAACCACGGCAGACAACUUCCAACCUUGGCCAUCUGAAUAAACCAUCCAUUCAGGCAUUGAUCCAUGGAUUGAACAGGCAUUAUUACUCAAUAGCCAUUAAUUACAGAAAGAAUGAAUUGGAGGAAAAAAUGCUUCUUAACCUUCACAAAAAGAAAUGGACAGAUGGAUUGACACUCAAGCGGUUUGAUACUCAUUCUAAAACCAACGAACAGACUGUUCAGGAAAUGCUGAACUUAGCUAUUAAAUACAACAAGGCAGUGCAAGAGGAAGAUGAGCUGCCACCUGAGAAGCUAGCAAUUGCAAAUGUGGGAAGGCAAGAUGCAAAGAAGCACCUUGAAGAGCAUGUGUCUAACUUGAUGUCUUCCAACAUAGUCCAGACUUUGGGUACCAUGCUCGAUACAGUUGUGUUCUAGACCAAUACUUUUUACUUGCGUUGCUGUAUUCUAUGUCUCAAGUAAAACAAAUAUCGGAUUUUAUAUUUUUUUAAUUUGCUUUUAACUCGGUUAUUUUUGUUGUCAUACUAGACUAUGUCGUGGAUUCCCGUUUGGUAAGUUGAGGAAACAAUUUAAAAGUCUGUUUUA